GCUUCUCAAAAAGACUCCAUAACAUAAAUCUCUUAUUGCUUGCCUUUUUUUAUUAGACGCUUCAAAUGCAGAACGACAGCUCGGAAUUGUCGUUUAACAGCUAUUCUUCCGAUCAGAAACUCGUUGAUAUCGCAGCUAGGGUUAGCGCAGACUUCAAAAGCGACGGCGUUUUGGAUGAUGAAGAAUUCGAGUUCGCUAAUAGUCUCUUGGAGAGUCCUAAAACGUCGUCGUUUCCAAUCUUCAGUCGCGAUUUUUCCUUGAACCACGGGGAGGGUGGUGAUGAUGUGGAAGAGAAAAUUCGGAUUCCAUUGAGGAAUUUGUUCAUCGGCGACGGAGAUAUUCCGUCAUCAUCGUCGUCGGAGGUGGACGAGCUCGAAGGAGUGCCAACAGAAACGUACUGCGUUUGGAAACCGAAGCAAUCAGCGGAAUCGUCGCCGAACAGGUGUAAGAAGAGUAAGUCCACUGGAUCAUCAUCUUCGAAACGGUGGCGUUUAAUAAAGGAUUUGCUAAAGCGCAGCAACAGCGAUAGCAAAGUAUCGUCUUCAUCGUUUUUGCAUUUGAAUUUUGAUAAGCAUACAACAGAGAAAAAGAAUGCAGAAAAUGUAAAUGAGAAAGCAGCAACCACGGCGACGAAGAAGAAAAGCGAAGGUGAAGUGGUGCCGGCGACGAAGAUGACGAGAGUUGAGAAAGCGUCGGCGCAUGAAGUUUUUUACAUGAGAAAUAGGGCGUUGAAGGAAGGACAUAAACGGCAGUCGUAUUUGCCGUACAGGCAGGACUUGGUUGGCAUUUUUGCAAAUGCUAAUGGUUUAGGUAGAAAUUUCCCUCCUAAGUAAAAUAAUAAUAAUAAUAAUAACAAUAAUAAUAAUAAUAAAAUACUUAAUAUUUUUGUAAAAACAAAUGUAAAUAGCAAAAUUCUUAUUUGUUAUAUUAAGAUGUAAUUAAACAUUUAUUUUAGUGAGACCAAGUCUUGAGAUUGAGAUGCU